AUGAAGGGACCUGUGUCUCUCAAGGAUGUGACCGUGGACUUCAGUCAGGAGGAGUGGCAGCAUCUAGACUCUGCUCAGAAGACUCUGUACAUGGAUGUGAUGUUGGAAAACUACGGCCACCUGCUCUCCAUAGGCUGUGACGUAUCUAACCCCGACGUCAUCCUCAGACUGGAGAGAGGAGAAGAACCGUGGACCUCAUUUGCAGAUCACGUCUGCUCAGAAGAAAACUGGAAAUCAAGAGAGUUUUUCACAAAAUUUAAGGAACACCAAGAGAAGUACUCAAGAUCAUUUGUAUAUAUUAAUUAUAAAGAGCUGACUAAAGACAAGAGUUAUAUCUGUCAAAAGACAUUUACUCUAGUGACGAAGCAUGUUAAUUCCAAAGAGCUUCCUCCUAAAUAUGGCACUCAUGGAAAUGUUUUAGAGAAUGUUUCAGACUUAAUCAACAGUAACCUAAGCCUUGCAAGAAAGAGAUUUAAUGAGUAUGAUGGAUACACAAAACCACACCCAAAUUCCAUGUCAGUCGACAAAGCCCGUACUCGAACUGGCAAGGCUUGCAGUCACAGUGACAUACUUGUGCAGCCUGAGAAGGCAGCAACUCCAGCACAGUCAUUUGGACACAAUGACUAUGACAAGUUAUGUCUUAGAAAGGGAAGCUCAGUUACCCUCAAUAGCGCAUACAGAGGGGAAAACACUUCUGUAUAUAACAGAAAGAAAAGAGCAGCAAAUACUGAAAAGAAACAUACGUGCCCUGAAUGUGGGAAAGCCUUCUGCAGGAAGUCAGUAUUGAUUCUGCAUCUGGCAAUUCACACAGAGGCAAAGCCUUAUCAAUGUCAUCAGUGUGGACAUGCUUUUAGAAGAAAGUCCUAUCUCACUGACCAUCAGAGAACUCACACGGGAGAAAAACCCUUUGUUUGUACUGAGUGUGGUAAGUCCUUCCGUCUAAAGACAGCCCUCACUGAUCACCAGAGAACACACACAGGAGAGAAGUCCUAUGAAUGUCCACAGUGUAAGAAUGCCUUCCGAUUAAAGUCACACCUUAUUCGUCAUCAGAGAACUCAUACAGGAGAAAAACCGUAUGAGUGUAAUGAGUGUGGGAAAUCUUUCCGCCAAAAGACAACUCUCUCUCUCCACCAGAGAAUCCAUACUGGGGAGAAACCCUAUAUUUGCAAAGAAUGUGGGAAAUCAUUCCACCAAAAAGCAAACCUCACUGUCCACCAGAGGACCCACACAGGAGAGAAGCCCUAUAUUUGUAAUGAGUGUGGGAAAUCAUUCUCCCAGAAAACAACACUUGCUCUUCAUGAGAAAACUCAUAACCAGGAGAAGCCCUUUGUGUGUAAUGAAUGUGGAAAGAGUUUCCGCCAGAAAACAACUCUUGUGGCACACCAGAGGACACAUACAGGGGAGAAAUCUUAUAAAUGUCCUCAUUGUGGGAAGGCCUUUAGAAUGAAAUCAUACCUCAUUGAUCAUCACAGAACUCACACAGGAGAAAAGCCGUAUGAAUGCAGUGAGUGUGGGAAAUCAUUCAGCCAGAAAACAAAUCUCAAUCUACACCAGAGGAUUCAUACUGGGGAGAAACCCUAUGUUUGUAAUGAGUGUGGGAAGUCCUUUCGCCAAAAAGCAACCCUCACUGUACAUCAGAAAAUACAUACAGGGCAGAAGUCCUAUGAGUGUCCUCAGUGUGGAAAGGCUUUUAGCAGGAAGUCCUACCUCAUUCAUCAUCAAAGAACUCAUACAGGAGAGAAACCCUAUAAAUGCAAUGAAUGUGGAAAGAGCUUUCGACAGAAAACAAAUCUCAUUGUUCAUCAAAGAACUCACACGGGUGAGAAGCCCUAUGCAUGUAAUGACUGUGGCAAGUCCUUUAGCUAUAAGAGAAACCUCAUUGUCCAUCAAAAAAUUCAUAGCGAAAAUACGGAUAUACGAUAAAAGAGGA